GCAGCUGCGCUCAGGGCCGGUCCCCGCUGGUGCGGAGCAGCGGACGCGCAUCCCAGACGGGAGCGAGGGGUGCAACUCUUGGGGGGAAACGCAGAUUCUAGUUCUCAUGUCCUAUGAGGGUUUCUCUCCCUACUUCUCCACUUACCCUCGUGGCGACGGGAGACCAACGCCGCUGGCCCCACGAGGCCUCCCGGCCCCCACUCAAGGCCCAAACAAGGACAGAAUUCAGAAGAAGAAAGGAGGCAUUUUCAACAUGAAUUAUACGGAGACCAGCUCAUUGCCAGAAUCAACUACAGUAGAUUUUACACCUGAGUUAGGAAGUACCAUACCUGUGCCUUCCAAUGAGACCACUUGUGAAAACUGGCGAGAGAUACAUCAUCUAGUUUUUCAUGUAGCAAAUAUUUGUUUUGCAGUUGGUUUGGUUAUUCCAACUACUCUUCACCUUCAUAUGAUAUUUCUUAGAGGGAUGUUUACUAUAGGAUGUACCCUCUAUAUUGUGUGGGCCACUCUCUACCGAUGUGCCUUGGAUGUAAUGAUCUGGAACUCUGUGUUCUUGGGUGUCAACAUUUUGCAUCUUUCAUAUCUUUUGUACAAGAAGAGACCGGUAAAGAUUGAAAGGGAACUCAGUGGCAUCUACCGGCGAUUAUUUGAACCACUCCAUGUGCCUCCAGAUUUGUUCAGAAGAUUAACUGGACAGUUUUGCAUGAUUCAAACCUUGAAAAAGGGCCAAACUUAUGCUGCAGAGGAUAAAACCUCAGUUGAUGACCGUCUCAGUAUUCUCCUGAAGGGAAGAAUGAAGGUCUCCUAUCGAGGACAUUUUCUGCAUAAUAUUUACCCCUGUGCCUUUAUAGAUUCCCCUGAAUUUAGAUCAACUCAGAUGCACAAAGGUGAAAAGUUCCAGGUCACCAUUAUUGCAGAUGAUAACUGCAGAUUUUUGUGCUGGUCAAGAGAAAAAUUAACUUACUUUCUGGAAUCAGAGCCUUUUCUGUAUGAAAUAUUUAGGUAUCUUAUAGGAAAAGACAUUACAAAUAAGCUCUACUCAUUGAAUGAUCCCACCUUAAAUGAUAAAAAGGCCAAAAAGCUGGAGCACCAGCUCAGUCUCUGUGCACAGAUCUCCAUGCUGGAAAUGAGGAACAGUAUAGCCAGCUCCAGUGACGGUGAAGAUGGUUUGCAGCAGUUUCUGAGGGGCUCCUCCAGCACAUCUUCCCUUUACAUGUCCUCCCCUCACCAGCGAGCCUCUGCCAAGAUGAAGCCAAUACAGGAAGGGGUGGAAGAUGAUGAUGAGGUCUUUGAACCGGUGACUCCAAAUAUAUUUAAAGUUCAUCAGUUGCCUUGAUCAGAAUUCAAGUUACCAAGAUAGAAAUUGUCCUGAAGAAAUUCUAAAUAUACCAGCACUUUUUCAUGGCUUUUAGUCUCUUCUGCUUUAGUACAUCUAGACUGGCAGAGACUGAGGGCAAGAAAGUGAGGAAGGGUCAAAGAUUAAAAGGUUAUUUUUAUUGUCCUUUUUAUUGGGAAGCUUUUUAAGUUUUACUGAGCCUUCUGACUAAAUGUCAUUCUAUUUUAAGACAUAUUUUUACAGUAUUUUGUAGGUACAGUAUAUUGUUUUAACUUUAAAAACUUAGAGUUCUGUCAAUACAAAUGCCUUUUUACUUAUUUUUCCAAGUUUUAGCUCAUUUUCCUCAAAAAAUAUUUUCUCUAUCAUAGCAAUUUCAAACGGAUGUCUGUUUGAUCCUUUUAAUAAACAAUGUAAGUUAAAA